AUGGCUUCUUCAAGGGAAGGACACUACAGGGGAGUUAGAAAGAGACCAUGGGGUCGCUAUGCUGCAGAGAUACGUGACCCAUGGAAGAAAACACGAGUAUGGUUAGGCACAUUUGACACACCUGAAGAAGCUGCUCUUGCUUAUGAUGGUGCAGCUCGUUCUCUUCGUGGAGCUAAAGCAAAGACUAACUUUCCAUCACCACCUUCUACUUCUGGUCUCUCUCUUGACCUCAAUCUUCCAUCUGAUCCUCACCACCACCACCACCACCAUCACCAUCUUCGUUGGAGUUCAACUCCUCAUGUUGGGUCUCAUAGGUUUGGUGGUCUUGGUGAGUUCUUGCAGACUGGAGUAGUUUUUAAAGAAAUGAGUUUCAAUGGUACGGAAGCUGCAGCAACUUCUGGGUCAGUAGUGAAAAAUGAGGGUCUUGGUGCUGGUGCUGUUACUGGUACUCCGGUGCCGGAAAAUGUUGCUCCGGCUUCGUUUUUGGGGAUGGUGCGACGUGGGUUGCCGAUAGAUUUGAACGAGCCUCCACCUCUGUGGCUGUGA